AUGGCGGAGAGCGACUUGGGGUCUGAGAGCAGCGAGGAGGAGAACCUGCCCUCCUUCGCCUACCUGCUGCAGCCGUCCCCAUGCCUCGGCGAGCCGAGCCGCCCGCGGUCGCCAUCUCCUAAGCCUGAAGUUGCAGAGGUUGUCAAGAUGGUGAGCAGCGGGAGCGAAGAGGGGAUGGACGUCGUCCCUUUGCACGAGAGGGUCAAGAUGAGGGUGGGAGCGGAGCCUGAGCCCUUCAGCCUGGGCGCUGAUGAUGAGGGAGAGGCAUCUGGGAUUUGUGCUAGUGGUGACCUGAUGGCUCCUGGGAGCGAAGGGCUUCGGCAAGACCUGACGCCGUCUGGAGAAGCAGCUUGUGGUAGUGAGACUGGUACACGCAGGGUUGAGAGAUCCCCCUUGUGCUCCUUGCCAGUCGACUCUGACAGGCCUAGCAGCCCCCCGGUAAGCAGAGAAAGGCCAGAAACAUCGCUCCCUCUCAAGAAGCGACAAUAUAGUCAGAAGGAACGGGAGGCAAUCUGCCAGAAUGCAUGGCAGAGAAGGAAAGAGCAAGAAGCAAAGAGGAGGAAGCAGGAGGAGGAGAAAGAGAGGAAGAGAGCCGUUGCCAAGAUGCUGAAAGCUCAGCGGCCAGGAGAGUGCCAGAAAUACAUAACAGUGGUGCUGGAUCCAGUCAUCUUACAGGUAGAAGGUGGCGAGCAGAUCCUUAGUGCUUUGCAGGCUGCCAAUUAUUCCUGUGUGUUUGAGAACCACGCUGUUCCCUGCAGCAUCACCUGGAGGAGAAAGACAGUGACAUCACAGAUGGGAGGAGGAGAUGAAUGGACAGAAGAACCAAAUGUUCUGGUUCUGCUUGGCUUGGAGGAGUUUUUGUCCAUGGCUCACAGCUACAAGCAAAACGCUGAUGGCUGUGCAGAGAGGCAGAAGGAGACCCUGCAGAGCUAUGUGGCUCAUAUGAUGGAGAAAAUGCCUGGGAGAAUUCUGGCUCUGGCAGUAGUUGGAGUAGAAAAUUAUUUCAGGUCUCUCCAAGUUCAGCCCAAACAAAGGCUGCGACAGACAGCAGCAAGUGGGAAUCAAGAGAAACGGGGAGAAAGGAGAAAAAAGGAAGCUAAGGAUUCUAGCUUGGACUUAUCCAGAAUGGAUGUGAAAGAAGCCCUGGUGGAUCUGCAGCUGAGCACACAAGUCCAAAUCAGCAUUUUUGAGAGCAGUGAGGAGCUUGGGGAAUAUGCCACUAUGUUCACCAAAGCUGUGGCUGAAGCACCAUACAAGCGAGAGCGAGAGAACACAGGGUUCUCUUUCUACUUGGAGAAGGACUGUUGCAGAGGGGUGAAGGUGGAUCCUUCUGGAAAGGGUCUCUUGAAAGUUUGGAAGAGGCAGAUACAGCAAUUUAACCGUGUCAGCUCCGAGAUGGCUGAGGCUAUUGUGUCUGCCUACCCUUCUCCUCAGCUUCUGAUCCAGGCCUAUGAGCGGUGCUCCUCGGAGCAGGAGCGGGAGAACAUGCUGGCCAACAUCGCCGUGCACCGCGGCGAGGGCGUCACGGCCACCGCCCGCCGCAUCGGGCCCGAGCUGUCCCGCCGCAUCUACCUGCACAUGACUUCCCACAACCCCGACCUCUGCCUGGAUUUCACUGGCUAGCACAGGGAAAAAGGGUUGUACUGUUCAGUUAAGUGUUCCAUUUUGGAUUUCACUGGGUAGCUCCAGGGAAUAAGGGUUUUUACCAUUUGUCUGGUCAAGUUUUCAGUUUUCUUCUGUGAAGAAGUGCUUAGAUAACACUCAAUGAUCCCUGUUUAAAGACUUGAAACACAUUAAGACUUUAUUGUAGAAGGAAAAAAGUUGGAUAAAGUUGCUGAAUAGCAGGAGUUUACACAAGAAAGG